UCAAGAAAACUUGGCUCAUCUUCCUAGCUAUGUUCAGUAUCCUAUCAGAUUAGCGAGUGAAUAAUGACAAAUGUUUCCAGAAAAAUGUCGGAUUACUGCAAAUUAAGCCGCCUAGAACUGCAUGUCCUCUCAAUUGUAUUGUUUGCAGUGCUGGUCUUUGUGAUUGUCUUCGCUGAUAGUCUUGCCUGUGAUCUUUUGUUCAAUUCGGUUGCCUGUGAAACUAAAGGCGAUCGUCUAGGGUUGCAAAUACUGGAAGCCAAGCAAAGAGUAGAUGGUGCAAACAAUGGAAGUUCUAUGCCCCCCUUCAAUCUUACUUGGCUCAAGAACAAGUUGCCGGAUCUUGACAUGUUGAAGGCGAGCAGAAUUACGCAGAAGUUCGAUGAAAGAGUUAGAGAAGUCCUCUAUGAUGAUCACCAGCAAUGUCAAGUUCAGUUCUUCAUGAUUUGGAUAUUCCCUGCAUCAUUAUUUGGUAGGCGGGAGUUUUCUGCAUUAGAGAGUAUCUUCAAAGCACAUCCAAAAGCUUGCUUGAUCAUCUUAUCAGAAACUCUGGAUUCGAUCCAAGGGUUUAUGCUCUUAAAGCCUUUGCUGGAUCGUGGCUAUAGAGUUGCUCCUGUGACACCUGACCUGUUGUAUCUAUUCAAGAACACAUCUGCAGAAGCCUGGUUCAAUGAUAUUCUGAGUGGAAACAGGAAUCCAGGUGAAGUUCCAUUGGCCCAAAAUCUAUCUAAUUUGAUCAGGCUAGUAGUCCUCUACAAGUACGGAGGUGUUUAUCUGGAUACAGAUUUUAUAGUUUUGAGAGAUUUUUCAAGGUUAAGGAAUGUAAUUGGAGCUCAAAGCGCGGAUUUGAAUGGAAAUUGGACAAGACUUAACAAUGCAGUGCUGGUUUUUGACAAGAAUCAUCCACUUCUGUACGAGUUCAUGGAGGAAUUCCAAUCGACAUUUGAUGGAAACAGAUGGGGACACAAUGGACCAUACAUGGUUUCCAGAGUGGUGGAGAGGCUGGCAACCAAUAUGAUGCUGCAUAAGUACAACUUUACUGUCUUGCCUCCUAUGGCCUUCUACCCGGUGGACUGGAAUCGGAUAGAUGGGCUAUUCAUGCGAACAAGUAAUCCGAAAUGGACAAAGGCCAAGCUCCGCCAGAUUACUGGUGGUGACACUUAUGGGAUUCACCUGUGGAAUAGGCAAAGUAGCAGAACUAAAAUUGAAGAGGGAAGUAUUGUAGCCACAUUAAUCGCUGAUCAUUGCAUCAUAUGCCAGAAUGUCUCUAGUUCUUGAAGAAAUCUUUUCUUCAGCUUAAUUCAAAUGAAGGCAGUUGAGCCAGGUAGAUAUUUUCCAAUGUGAAUUUGUUGAC